UGAGGCAGGCUCCUCACAGCCGCGGCCUGGCCCCGAGAGUGGGGACCGGUCCAAAGUGGGAAAUGGCAGCCGAACCCUGGACUGCCUCUUAAGCCGUCGGGGAAGCGCACUCCGCAGGGACUCGCGGCGGUUAGGGCAUGGCCGGAAUCGGGGCCUCAGCUCCGGGAGACCCUCUCCUGGGCCCAGAGGCCGAGAAGGGCGCUGGAGCCUCCCCGCAGCCGCCGCCUCCUCCUCCUCCGCCUCCUCCUCCACCGCCGCUUUCGCCUCAGGGGCCGGCGGCGCCGGUGGCCCUACAGCGGGAGCCGCUAUACAACUGGCAGGCGACCAAGGCGUCGCUUAAGGAGCGUUUCGCUUUCCUCUUCAACACGGAGCUGCUGAGCGACGUGCGCUUCGUCCUAGGCAAGGGCCGCGGGGGCGCCGGGUCCGCCGCUGCCGGGGGACCACAGCGCAUCCCCGCCCAUCGCUUCGUGCUGGCCGCCGGCAGCGCGGUCUUCGACGCUAUGUUCAACGGCGGCAUGGCCACCACCUCGGCUGAGAUCGAGCUGCCCGACGUGGAGCCUGCAGCCUUCCUAGCGCUGCUGAGAUUUCUUUAUUCAGAUGAAGUUCAAAUUGGUCCAGAAACAGUCAUGACAACUCUUUAUACAGCUAAAAAAUAUGCAGUUCCAGCUUUAGAAGCACAUUGUGUGGAUUUUCUCACCAAACAUCUUAGGGCAGAUAAUGCCUUUAUGCUUCUCACUCAGGCUCGAUUAUUUGAUGAACCUCAGCUUGCUAGUCUUUGUCUAGACACUAUAGACAAAAGUACAAUGGAUGCAAUCAGUGCAGAAGGUUUUACUGAUAUUGACAUAGACACGUUAUGUGCUGUUCUGGAAAGAGACACUCUUAGUAUUCGAGAAAGUCGACUCUUUGGAGCAGUUGUUCGCUGGGCAGAAGCUGAAUGUCAGAGGCAGCAGUUGCCAGUGACUUUUGCAAACAAACAGAAGGUGCUAGGAAAAGCACUCUCAUUAAUCCGUUUCCCACUGAUGACUAUUGAGGAGUUUGCUGCAGGUCCUGCUCAAUCUGGAAUUUUAUCAGACCGAGAAGUGGUAAAUCUCUUCCUUCAUUUCACGGUCAAUCCUAAACCCCGAGUUGAAUAUAUUGAUCGGCCAAGGUGCUGCCUCAGGGGAAAAGAAUGCAGCAUCAAUAGAUUCCAGCAAGUGGAGAGUCGUUGGGGUUACAGUGGAACAAGUGACCGAAUCAGGUUCACAGUUAAUAGAAGAAUCUCCAUAGUGGGAUUUGGGUUAUAUGGUUCCAUUCAUGGGCCCACAGAUUAUCAAGUGAAUAUACAGAUAAUUGAAUAUGAAAAAAAACAAACUCUGGGACAAAAUGAUACUGGAUUUAGUUGUGAUGGGACAGCUAACACUUUCAGAGUUAUGUUCAAAGAACCUAUAGAAAUCUUACCCAAUGUCUGCUAUACAGCCUGUGCAACACUCAAAGGUCCAGAUUCCCACUAUGGCACUAAAGGAUUGAAGAAAGUUGUACAUGAAACACCUGCUGCAAGCAAAACAACAUUUUCAUUCUUUAGUUCUCCUGGCAAUAAUAAUGGUACAUCAAUAGAAGAUGGACAAAUACCAGAAAUAAUAUUUUAUACAUAAUUCAGCUAAUAAACAGACUAACCUGAAAGACAUAACUAACUAGCUGCUAAUGAUAGUAGUGUGUUAUGAAUGUUCAUAAUUUUAAUAUACAAGAAACAUUUUAGUUUCUUAGGAAAGAUAAGAAAAUGUGCAUGAUUAUCAUCAGGCUAUAAAAAAUUAAUGGGAAGUGUUUCAUUUUCAUAUAACUCUAGGGAGAAGAGUACAGGACUUUACUUGUAAAAUAUAUAUAUAUAUAUAUAUAUAUAUUUAAGCAGCUACUUGUGCUUUCACUUGUAUAAUUUCAUAAAUCAGCUUGUUUGGCUGAUAGUCUUUCAGUAGUUUAUAAAUUCAAAGAUCCUUACUUGUUAAGGACAGUUGAAGUUUUUUGGUUUUUUUUUUUUACUGUUUUGUCAGUUGGAUGGGUGAGUUGAUCCAUGUGGGCCUGGUCAGUAUUCUUGCUAAACCUUUUAUUAAUUCAAAUAACUGUUUUCAGGAAAUAUGAAAACUGGAUUUGUAUCUUUGGUUUUGGAAUCUUGGGGAACCACAAACAGAUACCUUGUGAUUGGCAUUUGGAAUUGCAUUAAAAAAUGUUUCUAAGUGUUGAAAAGCAUUUAUCUGCUUACCUAAGAUCUGGAAUCCAUUUAAAGAAAUGGUUAUUUUGUAGUAGUAUAGUAUUGUGGUUACAUAGUAGAACUUAUAAACUAUAAGUUGGAAUUUUAUAUAAAUAAAUCUGCAAUAAUGUAAAAUGUGAAAAAGGAAAGUUACCUAAUUCUGGAUGCUUCAUCAUUUAAACUGUGCAUGUAAUCUCUUUUGGGGAGGUUGGAAUGAUGUUCUGUGUUCCAGAGAAUGAGAUGAUUAUAAUGAUUUACUAAAUAGAGAUCGGUUAAAACAUUUCAUUUAUAGUGCUACACAAUAAGAAAUAGGGCAUAGUCCUGAUACUUAGCUACCAAAUACCUGGAAUAAAACUACUUUGUAGUUUUAUUGAUAUAUCUCAGAGGUCUGCAUAACAUCCUACUCACUGUCACAAUAUUACUUCCUUUGUAUUAUUCAUUUAUAUUUGGGGCUUUAUUAAACUAUCAUGAAUACAACUAUUCCAGCAUAUUUAAAGUAAAAGAGGCAAAAUUAUAUAUGACAUUCUUUUUUUUUUAAAGCUAAUGAUUCAUUAUAACAAAAUUUAUACACCUUUUUACCCUGUUUGGUUGCCUUGUCAUAAUUUAAGAAAUAAUACUUACAGUAUUGACAGAAGGUGUUGAAAAAGGAAUUUUAAAGUGUUGUGGAAGAAACAUUAAUUAGAAUGUUUGAAUAAAAAGUUUUCAUCAGAAAUAGUACUUUAGUUUAUAAAAGCUUUUUAAAGUAGGGUCAAGGAAGUAUAAUAAUAGCCAUUAUUUCUCAAAAUUCCUGGGAAAAGAGAGAAAAGACUUAGACUGUUGUAUCUUAUGCCAGUGACUGCAUAGCAGUAAAUAUCUUGGUUACCUAUAGUAUCCUAAGAAAUGAAUUCUGGUUAACUCAAGAUUUAUCAGAAACAUUUUUGUUUGAACUUUUGCCUAAAAUAUUUCUAACAAUUCGAUACUAUCCUACCUUGGUAAGUACAGUGUCCCAAAGGUAUUUAAUCUGUUUUUUGAUUGGGCUCCUUAAAAAUCUCAGGAUCAUUAUUAUGAACAUUAAUUAUAACUUAAGUUACAUAUAUUUAUAGAAAGGUAUAAGAAAUUGGACUAAAUGUAUAUUAUCCUAAAGGUCAUUCCUAGAAGUUGCUUUUUAAAAGAUAUUUAUACUAUCAGUUUUGGAAGAUUCUGGCUUUGGAACAGAUUUCUGGUUAAGAGUCUUUGCUAAUAAAGGUUUCUCUGCUUUUUAGUUUAUGGAAAUAGUAUGAUAAUAAAAGUACAUUAUUGCA